AUGGACUUCCCCUUGUUCCUCUUCUCCACCCGCCUGAGAACCAACGAGGCAAACGAGAAGAUAAACAAAGAGAACGGGGCGAUCCUUUUGAAAGCCGCCAAGCGCAGAGUGAACGGGGGAGGGGCGCUGAGCUUGGGGCUGGACGCUUACGGGCGAUUCGUGGUCGAAAAAGGAGAGGCGGAAGAGCGCGGCGAGAGCGCCGCCCAUGGAAAGGUCGGAGACGUGGUCGGUCGGCACUCUCCGGGAGUUUUGCGAGGGUUUCGAACGGCAGAGCCUUUGGACGGGCUAUUGCUGACGAGAGUAGCGUCAGACGUUGCCGCGCCGGAAAACGCUGCAGCCCAUACGCGGCGCGCAUUGGUGCCUAGGGAGCAAGCGCCGGGCACUGUAAACGAUGCCUCGUGGAGCGGCGGGCGAGCGACGGGUGCGCGAGCGGGUGAUGAGCAGGCAACCGCUGAACGGACGAUCGAUGAGAGGGCACUGCCCGGGGAGCGGGCGACCGGGGAAUGCGUGACUGGUGAGCGGGCGAUUGGGGAGCGGACGACCGGUGAGAGGGCGACCGGGGAGCCUGCGACCGGGACGCGCGCGGACGCUGCGCGCGCGGUCGCUGCGUCGCUUGCCAGGGAACGGGUCCCAGGGGAGCAAGCGACCAGGGAGAGGGCGACCGGGGAGCGGGUGACCGGGUCGCGUGCAGACGAUGCGUUUUCCGCUGGCGAGCGGGCAACCCGGGAGCAAGCGGCCACGGGAUGGGCGAUCGGGGAUAAGGCGACCGGGCAGCAGGCAAGCGAAUCCACCGACUGGAGGGCGACGUACGUCGAGCGGAGAAGCUCCGGUCCGUCGAGAUUCCACCGGGGACUGACCGAGAACACGUUGUCGUCCUACGGAGCGACCAGGGAGGACGUCAAACGCCCCGUUUACGGAUCCCCGAGGAAAGCGUCGCCGCGCCGGAAACUUGGCAGAACCCCCGUUCGGCCCGUGAAUUCCGCCGGGCUGCUUAGGUCUCGUCCAGCAAACGGAGUGGAUGCACCUUCUUGGCGUGCGGCCGAGACGUGCCGGGUGCCGCGCUAUGAUCAGAGCUCCUACCGUCCGGGAGUUUUGGCGUCUCCUGUUCGAGCGAUUGGGGCGAAUGACAAAAGCCCCAGGUCACAAAGUUUCAACCGGGAGGCAGUCGCGGUCGGGGCAAGAUCGUUGUCCCACGAAGCGCCCAGGAUUGAGAGCCCAAUGCUGGAAACCUGUAGCUUUGAGGCAUGUUGA